AUGUUGGGCCAUUAUAAGAGGCCCAUAUUUGGGCCCAACUUACUGGGUUUUCGACCCAUAGAAUCAUUUCAGAUCAGACCGUUCUGCAAGAGGAAGAUCAUAGAGAUCGGAGAAGAAGAAGGCAAUGCUCGGAGAUCGUUUGUAGAAGAAACCCAAACGAAACAGAGUAACAAUGGCGUCGACGGUGGGAUUAGCACCGGGACUUUCUCGGAAAUUGAAGAAGGUAUUGGAAUGUCGUACAGAUAGUCCGGAUCUGGUGGCGUCGCUUAACGCUUUAUCCUCAUUCUACGAUGAGAACAGUGCUCACGCACGGCGGAAUCUCAGAUCGACGAUCGAGAAGCGAGCGCUUCAGAUCAACAGUGAGUUCCUUAACGCGGCUGAUUCGACACAGAUCGCAUUGGAUCGUGUGGAGGAGGAAGUGAAUGCUUUAGCUGAUUGUUGCGAUAAGAUUGCGGCGGCGCUAAGCAGCUCUGCGGCUACCACUGGCGAUAUUAUUAGUACUACUGAGAGGUUAAAGCAAGAGCUUGAGGUUACUACUCAGAGGCAAGAGAUCGUUAACUGUUUUCUUCGUGAUUAUCAGCUUUCGAAUGAAGAGAUUAAAGCGCUUAGGGAAGAUGAAUUGAAUGAGAAUUUCUUCCAAGCGUUGUCUCAUGUUCAGGAAAUUCAUUCCAAUUGCAAAUUACUUCUUAGGACGCAUCAUCAGCGUGCGGGUUUGGAACUGAUGGAUAUGAUGGCUGUGUAUCAAGAAGGAGCAUAUGAGCGCCUUUGCAGGUGGGUUCAGGCUGAGUGUAGGAAACUGGGUGAUACGGAUAACCCAGAGGUGAGUGAGCUUUUGAGGACUGCUGUUCGCUGUCUCAAAGAAAGACCCGUGCUCUUCAAAUAUUGUGCAGAGGAGGUAGGGAAUCUGAGGCACAAUGCGUUAUUUAGAAGGUUUAUUAGUGCUCUUACACGUGGAGGACCUGGAGGAAUGCCUAGACCCAUAGAAGUUCAUGCCCAUGACCCCUUACGAUAUGUGGGAGACAUGCUUGGGUGGCUACAUCAGGCUUUGGCAUCAGAAAGAGAAUUGGUUCAUGCUUUAUUUGAUAUAGACGCAGCUGACCAUAAAUCAAACGCAAAGAAUACCUCUGAGAAUAUUGCCCGAAAGGCAGCAGAAUCUGAUUUCACAUUUGUUCUGGAUAGAAUUUUUGAAGGAGUUUGCCGGCCAUUUAAAGUGAGAGUAGAACAAGUUCUGCAGUCACAACCAAGUCUUAUUAUAUCUUAUAAGCUCACCAACACUUUGGAGUUCUACAGCUACACUAUCUCAGAUUUACUCGGCCGAGACACUGCACUGUGUAAUACAAUUGGGAUGGUAAAGGAUGCUGCACAGAAAACUUUCUUUGACAUUCUUAAAACCCGAGGGGAAAAACUUCUACGAUACCCUCCACCUGUAGCCGUCGAUCUAUCUCCUCCUCCAGCUGUCCGAGAAGGAGUUUCUCUAACCCUUGAGAUAAUCGAGAAUUACAACAGUAUGAUGGUUUCUGCUUCAGGAGAGAAACCGGCUUUUGAUCCUGUCCUCUCUGCACUGCUUGACCCAAUUAUCAAGAUGUGCGAGCAAGCAGCAGAGGCGCAUAAAUCGAAGAAGAGCGGCCAGUUACCCAGAAGAAGUAGAACAAGUUCCGACUCAAGCCAGCUAACCUCAGUCGAUGCUCUACUCUCUAGUAGCCCGUCCCCACCGCAGAACAACGAAACACCCUCGAAGAUAUUCCUCAUCAACUGUCUAUGCGCAAUCCAACAACCGUUGCUAAGACACGACGUUGCAUCCCAAUAUGUAACCAACAUCGGAUCAAUGAUCGAGAACCAUAUAAACCUCCUUGUCCAGAAUGAAGUUGACACACUACUCCAAAAAUGCGGUCUUUCAGACAAAAUGCAAAUCUUCCGCUCUUCUACAUCCGAACCUCCCCUGUCUGAACGACAAGACACUUCACCCGCAAUGCUAUCUGAAUGCCUCAAGGCAUUCUUCGGCCUCGUUUUGGGAAGUGAAGGCUCUCUUCCUGAGUUUGAGCAGAUACAAGUCCCUAAACUCAGGUCUGAAGCUUGUGUCAGGGUCGCUAAAACUUUAGCUGAAGCUUACGAAGUUAUAUACCAAGCUGUAACGGAUCAACAAAAUGGAUAUCCAGAUCCGAAAUCUCUCGCCCGACAUCCACCAGAUCAAAUCCGAACCAUUCUUGGUAUAUGAAUGUACGCUUCUUAUUCUCAAUUAUCUUACGAAAUCAUUACUUGUAAACGAAACCAAACAAUCAAUUUAUCUUUUCAUC